CUUCAACUACUUUUAAAUUUGAAAGCCUCUUUUUCAUGCAACAGUAUCUUCUCCUGCAGUAAGAGUACUCUAGUCGAAAACCAGUCGAUCGGGUUGAAUCGUGCAGUACAGAGGUCAACAGCUCACACUUCACAGCUCACGGUUUUCGUUGCUGUUUGGAGAUUCUCUCGCAGUCAUGUCACAGGAGCAAGAGGAUAUGGAAGUUGACCCUGCACCAACUGAUCAAGUGUUUUCAGGGCAGGCGAGUAACCCUGAUAACAUACCACAAACACUAUACACUUCACAGGCCUCAUCAUCGAAUGAUUCAACAAGCCUGCAAUCUUCAACAAUGCAGAACAAAGAGUUUACUAAUGGUCAUGCUUCCAUUGACAAUGUAGUUACUGUACAGCCUACCAGAAUCAAUAGACAAAACUUUCCCAGAACUGGACAUGAUCAUAAGACCCCACUUUCAUCAAACAGUGAUUAUGAGCAAAAGCAGGUUCCUACUGGUCAGGACUCACAAACAGGAGGCGCUAGAGGUCAAGACUCUAGUCCUCAUCAGGAUGACAAGCAGCAUCCAAACUUCUCAAUAGGUCAAACAUACAAAUCAAACUCACAGCCAGACAAGACAACCACCAAACACAGUGGUGAUGAGAGUCACAUGAUGAAUCAAAGUUCAUCACAAGUAGCUUUUCCUUCAGCUGAGAAGGACUCACAUGUAGGAGGCACUGAAGGUCAUGGCUCUAGAUCACCUCAGGAUGACAUGAAGCAUCAAAACUUCACAAAGGAUGGAACACACAAAUCAAACUCACAGCCACCUCUGAAUGACAAGAUGCCUCAAAACAUCACAAAAGGAAGGCAACACUCACAGUCAGAAGAGGACAUUGAUGCAUCCGGUGAUGAAAUGUCACAAUCUUCAGCACCACUGGAUAUUGCUAAAUUUAUAAUAAAAGUGGAUGAGAGAGAACCAUUUCCAGACAGAUGGAGAGCAACAUUACAGAAAGCCCUUCAGAGCUGUUUGUCAAGACUGGAUGGAACAGCAUCUGUCCAUCGCCUUAAACUCAUGGACGAUGAGUCCUGUGCAGAGGUGCAGAUAACACCUUCAACAGCUCUAGAAGUUUUAAAAAAACAACCUAUAUCUUUGAAGUUUAAAGUUAAGGAUGGUCAAUCUAAGGAAGUGGCUGCACAGAUUUGUCCUUAUGAAGCACGUUCUGUGACUGUUCCACAAAAGUCCAUGAUAAAGAAGAACAGAGCUCCGUCAACAAAGGUGGUCGGCUCUAUGCCUGUGACUGCAGCAUCAGAAGACACUAAUAAUGUUGAGGAUGUUGCUGCAUCUAUUAGAGCUCCAAAUAAAGCUGAGACCAGUAACACUGCUGGAAUUACACAUGGGACACCAGCUGUACUGACUGUACCCUUCUUUCUGUCCUGGUACAUGCAUCACGCUUACGGAAAGGAGAUAAAGCAAAUUGAGCAACAGCAUGGAGUCUCUUUUUUGGCAGAAGUGUCUGUCUCAAUCAAUCCCACCAAGAUCUCAAGCCCUGAUUCUGUGUCUAAAGCCUCUGAGGACUUUCACAAACUUAUUCAGAGAUGUACGGAUAGUUUUAGUGAUGCUGCCAUUAAUCACAAUCACAUGGAUUCAGAUAUUGUGAAGCAGGCCCUUCGUCACAUCCAGUCAGAGGAGUCAAGGAUGAUGUUCACCAUGUCUGCCAGUAACUGCCUGUUCUUUGGACCGAAGAAAUUUACAGAUGUAAUUAAAAGAGGGGUAGAAGAAACAAGAGUGGAAGGCAAAUUCAAUGACAAAUCAAGUCAAAUGGAUGUAGACAACAACUUUUCUCCACAAAUCAGGUCUUCAUUGGACAUGGACAUAAAGGAGCUUCCAACUCAACUUGAGAUGGACAAGAUUCAUUGGGAUCUGAUGAAACUUUCCUAUGAGAAUCAAUUAUCACAGCUUGAAACAAAGUACGGAGUGUCAUUAAAUGUAGAAAACCUGCAGAAAAAAAUAACCAUUAAGGUUCAAGCUCUAUCCAAAGGAGUUCAGCAUAUUAAUCUUGAAAGUCAUGCCAUCAGAGCUUUAACACAACUCUACCAGAAACUUGCAUCAGCCGCUGUCACCUGUGAACUCAAAAACCCUACAGACGAAACUCUUGUGGCAUCAACAGUAGAGAAGCUUCAGCAGCAGCAUCAUCGUGUUGUUGCAGCAGAUGUAUUGAGUCCCUGGAGACUUGUUGGACUACCAGAGCACCUCGGUCCUGCCAUUGCUGAAAUUGAGAAGAUGUUUCAGAAGAGUGUGUUUGAUGACAAGAUGAAGAAAUUGAUUGGUUACUCAGGGGACAUUCCUCAUGCAAGAGGAAUCAAAUGGAAUCCGACGCCUGAUUAUGGAUCAGGAGCAGUGGGUGGAUCAGUACAGGAUGAGAGAGUGAAUUUUAGAAGACAAAGUGAAGCAGAUACUGGAUUAAAUGAAGAUUCAAAAGACAAUUCUAGACAUGAGAGUAAAGAUGCUCAUGCUGAAGAGGAGACGUGUGCUAUUUGUAUGGACAGCUUCACCGACAAGAAAAAACUGAAAUGUGGACAUGAAUUCUGUCGGGAUUGUAUAAGAAUGUCAGUGGAGAGUCUGGGAUCCAUCUGUCCUGUGUGUAAGGAAGUGUUUGGGAUAUUGGAGGGGAACCAGCCGAAUGGAACAAUGAAUGUAACAACAAGCAGAAUGAGUCUUCCUGGAUAUCCAGAUUGUGGCACUAUUGAAAUUACCUACGACAUACCCAGUGGUAUUCAAACGAAGAAGCAUCCAAACCCAGGAAAGCCUUUUCUUGGGGCAAAUCGUCAAGCGUACUUGCCAAACAAUCGUGAAGGAAAAGAAGUGCUCUCACUGCUGGACAGGGCUUUUAAACAGAAACUGAUCUUUACUGUCGGGAAAUCAACAACUACGGGUGCAGAGAAUGUGGUCACCUGGAAUGAUAUUCAUCAUAAGACCAGUAAAUAUGGUGGAAGUUUUGGUUAUCCAGACCCUGACUACCUGAAGAGAGUGAAAGCUGAGUUAAAGGCCAAAGGCAUUGAAUGAGGAUUAGGCUUUGGGAACAUUUGGAAACAUGCAAGUCAAUCUAUGUAUUGAACUUUUGUUUUGUGUGAAACUCUAUCCUUAAAUGUUUUACUCACAAAAUCAUUUACAAAUUAAAUUUACUUAUACAUUUAAAAAAAAAAAAAAAAAAAAAUGCAACCCCUUUGCUCUGGAGCUCAAUGUUUAGACAGCUGAAAUAUAACAUCAAAUUACAAGUCUUUUUAAUUUGGUGGCUUUUUUUUUUUUUUUUCUCUCUCUAAUUCAAGCCCUGGUGAUUUAAAUUUGAUGCCAUAGCAGAUUUAGUAUGUCCAGGGUUGAAUUCACACUAAACACCUGCAUACCCAAAGAAAAUACUUUAUCAACGGUCAAGAAGAAAAAGGUUGAAAAGGAGCUGCAGAGGUCAGUGGGUGAGACUGGAGUAAAAGUGCACCAGUCAACAAGAGCUUUCCAUUGAACUGGCAUGAAUAAACCUGAAAAUCUUAAGGGAAGUAAGAAUGGAUGGAGCAAAAUACACAGCAAUACUGCAUGAGAACCUUGCUGCUAAAAGGUUUGGGAGAAAAUUCACCUUUGAGCAGGACAAUAAUCAUAAGCAAAAGGCAAAAGCAACAGUGGAAUGACUCAAUCAAAAAGUGAAUAUCCCACUCAGUCAUAUACUACCCAGUAGCCCAGUCAAGGUUCUGAUCAGUUUUAUUGAGAAUCUAAAUUUUAAAAUUGUCUACCUAAACUUAAACCUCCUGGAGCAAAUCUGCUGAAAAGAAUGGGAAAAUAUUACUCCCAGUUAGUGUGCAAUGCUGAUAGAUAUCUACUCAGAAACACCCCAUAUUGGCUUCAAUUAGGGCAGAUGAAUAUGUAAUAAAGAAUUGUUGGUAAAAUGUGUAUACCAAUUUUAUAUAUAUAUUCAAAUAUACAAAGAUAACAUUUUUCAAUGGGUUUAAAUACUUUUCCCAGGCACUUUAUAAAUAUAUGCAUGCUUUUAAUUAAGGUGAUGGGCUUUCAUGAUGUUUAAUUGUAAUGAAAUCUUUCAGGCUAGAGUUGUCUUGUGAUUUUCAUGCUUAUACACUGCUGAACAGUCAAGUGAGCAUAUGAAGUACAAGUGAAGGCACCUGUGUUUUUGUCAUGAUCAUGUGUAGUACUUCUUUUUUUAAUAUGGGACUAUGGGAAACCUUAUAUUAAUGUGAUUAUAAUUAGUAAAUUCAUAUAUAUAUAUAAAUAUAUAUAUAUAUUAAUUCAUAAAUUAUAAAAAUGUUCAAAUGAGUGGUGAAAGAUUUGAUUAAUAGUAGUAAGUUGGUUCAGCCUGAUGUUUCAUCUUGUCUUUUGUAAGCUGCCACUCAAAUGUCAUAUUGCUUUUCCUUUUAAAUUGUUUGCUUUUCCCCAAUAAAUAUCUCCAUGUUUUAGCUCUUGAUUUCAGAAAGAAAAAGACAGUUGCAUCUCAGAUCAAAUUUAUGAUAAAUCUUGAGUUCUAACUUUUGGAAAUAUUUUUUGUAAGACAUAUGGUAAACAUAUUGUCACAAAUAAAACAAAUCAUAAUCUUUCAAUAA